AUGACAACACAGGUCUUCUCUGCUAGUCAAGCACACAAUGAACAAGUCUGCAGCACAUGGGGUAACUACCAUUUCAAGACCUUUGAUGGAGACAUCUUCCAGCUUCCGUCCAGCUGUAACUACAUCCUGGCCUCUCAGUGUAAGAGCAGCUAUGAGGAUUACAACAUCCAAAUGAGGCGGAAGUCGGAAAAUGGCCUGCCAACCAUCACCAUGAUCACCAUGAUGUUGGAAGGUAGCAGAGUCGAGCUAUCCGCAGGCACCGUCAGUGUCUCGGACCAAGUUGUGACACUGCCAUAUGGGAAUUCAGGGAUUUUCAUCGAGAGAACAUCUUCUUACGUCAUAGUAAAAGCAAAAUUGGGACUAAUGCUCAUGUGGAAUGAAGAUGAUGCUGUUUUGGUCGAACUGGAUGCAAAGUACAAAAAUCAAUCCUGUGGUCUCUGUGGCGACUUCAAUGGAGUUCCAGUGUACAAUGAGUUCAUCAUGAAUGGAGAUGUCCUGUCGCCAUCUACAUAUGGAAACAUCUGGAAGAUGGAUGGGCCAACGGAAACAUGUGAGGAACAGACUUUGCCGGAAACACAAGAUUGUGGAGAUGAGAAUUUUUGCAGAGACAUGUUCUCAAGUGAUGCCUUCAGUGGCUGUCAGGAUGUGGUGUCAACUAAUACAUUCAUUCAAGUCUGCAUGGAGGACCUGUGCCACUGCAACACCUCCGCAUCCUUCUGCUUGUGUGGUACCCUGGCUGAGUACUCCCGCCAGUGUGUCCACGCAGGAGGGAAGCCUGGCCAGUGGAGAUCUAACUCUUUCUGUCCUAAGUCAUGUCCUCAAAACAUGGUGCACCAGGAGUGUGGAAGCCCAUGUGUUGACACUUGCUCAAACCCUGAGAGAGGACAGGUGUGUGAGGAACACUGUCUGGAUGGAUGCUUCUGCCCACCAGAUACUGUCUUCGAUGAUAUUAACAAAAGUGGAUGUAUACCACUAAGCCAGUGCUCAUGUGUUCACAAUGGAAAAAUAUAUGCAUCUGGAGAGAAUUACACCAGCAGCUGUAAGGAAUGCACCUGUGUCGGAGGUCAGUGGGGCUGUCUGGAGAACGACUGCCCAGGAACAUGCACAGUGGAGGGGGGUUCUCACAUCACCACCAUGGAUGGAAAAGCCUACACUUUCCAUGGGGACUGCUCCUAUGUCCUUACUAAGGAUUGCAAUGGGGAUGAAUUCACUGUUCUUGGAGAUCUUGUGAGGUGUGGUUUAACUGACAGUGAGACCUGCCUAAAGACAGUGACUCUGGCUCUUUUUGGAGGGACUACUGUGGUUAAAGUGGACCAAAGUGGAAGUGUUGAUGUGAACAGAAUAUAUUCUCAGUUGCCACUAUAUACAGGAGACCUCAGCAUCUUCAAGCCAUCCUCCUUUUACAUUAUCAUUCAUACCAACAUUGGUCUCAGUUUGGAAAUCCAACUUGUACCAGUCAUGCAGGUUUACAUCAGUGCUGACCCCACAUUCCAGGGGCAGACUUGUGGACUGUGUGGGAACUUUAACAACAUGCAAGCUGAUGACUUCACCACCAUCAGUGGACUGAGAGAGGGCACUGCUGUAGACUUUGCCAACACCUGGAAGACAAGAGCUAGCUGUCCCGAUGUGAAGAGAAGCUUUGAAAAUCCCUGCAGUUUGAGUCUUGAAAAUGAGCGGUAUGCCCAAUACUGGUGCUCCAUGCUGACUGAUCCGGCAGGAGUUUUUUCUCCAUGCCACUCAGAGAUCAGCCCAGACAUCUACAAAACAAACUGCAUGUACGACAGCUGCAACUGUGAGAAGAGUGAGGACUGCAUGUGUGCUGCCCUCUCCUCCUAUGUGCAUGCAUGUGCAGCUAAAGGCAUCCAGCUGAACGGGUGGAGAGACACGACCUGCAACAAAUACACCAGCUCCUGCCCAAGCAACACAGUCUACUCCUACAACAUGACAAGCUGUGGCCGUACCUGCCGUUCCAUCAGCCAGAAUGACUACUCGUGCAACAUUGACUUUGUGCCGGUAGAUGGCUGUGGCUGUAAGGAGGGCACAUAUAUGAAUGAGCAAGGGGACUGUGUGGCUGCUACAAGCUGCCCUUGCUAUGAUGUCAACACUGUGAUACCAUCCGGAGAGGUCAUAAGUAAAGAUGGAGCCACAUGCACAUGCAAACAAGGACAACUGCAGUGCAUUGGUAAACUGCAAGCCGUGUUAACAACAUGUCCUGAGCCCAUGGUGUACUUCAACUGCUCCACUGCUGGCCCUGGAGCCAAAGGUUCAGAGUGCCAGAAGAGCUGCAACACUCUGGACAUGGCCUGUAUCAGCACAGAAUGUGUGUCGGGAUGCAUGUGCCCCACUGGCCUCGUCACUGAUGGGAAGGGUGGAUGUAUUAGCGAGAACGAUUGCCCCUGCACCCAUAAUAGCGUUCUAUACCAGCCUGGAGACUCUAUCAAGGUUGACUGCAAUACCUGUGUUUGUAAGGAUAGAAAAUGGCAGUGCACUUUCAACCAGUGCCAUGGCACUUGUACCAUCUAUGGAGAUGGACAUUACAUCACUUUUGAUGAAAAACUCUACACGUUCAAUGGAGGCUGUGAAUACAUUCUUGCCCAGGAUUUCUGUUCCAACAACAAAGACAAUGGUACAUUCAGAGUCAUCACUGAGAAUAUCCCAUGUGGAACAACAGGCACCACUUGCUCAAAGUCCAUCAAGAUUUUCUUGGGUAACACUGAGCUGAUUCUGACGGACGGGAGUUACCAGGUGGUCCAAAGAGACUCGGGAGAGAAAAUACCCUACAAAACCCGUAUUAUGGGAAUCUACCUGGUCAUUGAAGCUGAUAACGGCCUUAUUCUCAUAUGGGACAAGAAAACAAGCAUGUUCAUUAGGCUCAGUCCAGAAUUUAAUGGUCGCAUCUGUGGUCUGUGUGGAAACUACGAUGGCAACACUAACAAUGACUUCACCACAAGAAGCCAAGAAGUCGUUAUUGAUGCCCAGACAUUUGGCAACAGCUGGGCGGUCUCUUCAAGCUGUCCAGAAUCAAUGACUGUUGUGAGCCCAUGCGCUAAUAACCCCUACAGGCAGUCCUGGGCUCAGAGACAGUGUAGCAUCAUCACAGGCACGGUCUUCUCUUCCUGCCACUCUCAGGUGGAUCCCUCAACUUACUAUGAUGCUUGCGUGAGUGACUCAUGUGCCUGUGAUACUGGUGGAGACUGUGAGUGUUUCUGCACUGCAGUGGCAGCUUAUGCAGCCGCCUGUAAUGAAGCUGGAGCCUGUGUAGCCUGGAGAACCCCAAAGAUCUGCCCUCUCUUCUGUGAUUACUACAACCCACCUGGUGAGUGUGAGUGGCACUACAAACCCUGUGGAGCUCCAUGCAUGAAGACCUGCAGGAAUCCCACUGGGCAGUGCUCUCAGCAGAUACCAGCGCUUGAGGGUUGCUAUCCUCAGUGUCCCGCUGAUCAGCCAUACUUGGAUGAAGAUCAGAUGAAGUGUGUGGAGAGAGAGGCAUGUGGCUGUUAUGUUGGAGAGAUUCAAUACAGCAACGGACAGAUUGUACCCUCCAACGAGUCCUGUCAGACAUGCUAUUGUUCAUCAACUGGAGUUGUGUGCUCCUAUGAUGUCAACGCAUGCAUUUGCACAGUAAAUGGCCAGGAAUACCACUAUGGGUCAGUUCUCUACAACACAACAGACGGGCUAGGUGGUUGUAUAACAGCCAUUUGCGGUGUAAACGGAACAAUCGAAAGGGAACUUGAACCUUCACCUACAACAACAGUUCAAGCUGAAACUACAACAGAGGAACCUGCCACAACAUCUACUAAACCACCAAGGGUUGAAACGACUGGACCAACAACAGCAUCUACAACAGCAGUUGUGGAAGAAACGACCACAACAGGUACACCGUCAACAUCAACAGCUGGGCCAAGCACACAAACUUCAGGCGCUGUUGUAACAUCAAAACCCACAGUCGUUACCACAACUACAGCCAAGCCAACCACAACAACUGAACCUGCCACAUCUACUAAACCACCAAGGGUUGAAACAACUGGACCAACAACAGCAUCUACAACAGCAGUUGUGGAAGAAACGACCACAACAGGUACACCAUCAACAUCAACAGCUGGGGUUGAAACAACUGGACCAACAACAGCAUCUACAACAGCAGUUGUGGAAGAAACGACCACAACAGGUACACCAUCAACAUCAACAGCUGGGCCAAGCACACAAACUUCAGGCGCCGUUGUAACAUCAAAACCCACAGUCGUUACCACAACUACAGCCAAGCCAACCACAACAACUGUAUUUGAAACAACAACAGAGGAGGAACCUGCCACAACAUCUACUAAACCACCAAGGGUUGAAACAACUGGACCAACAACAGCAUCUACAACAGCAGUUGUGGAAGAAACGACCACAACAGGUACACCAUCAACAUCAACAGCUGGGCCAAAGGGCAUUACAUCAACCAGGCCACCAAAGGUUGAGACCACACUGCCAACAACUUCCUCAACAACACACAUUGCAGUAGAUACGACAACAACUAUAUCACCAUCAACUUCUACUGAAACACCUGUUCAAAGCACAGAAACCUCAACUUCAGUUGUUAUUACAUCUGGUCCAACUACUGCAACUACCACAACAAAAACAAAAACACCUACAACCACAGUUGAAGCUGAAACAACAACAGAGGAACAUGCAACAACAUCUACUAAACCACCAAGGGUUGAGACCACUGGGCCAACAACAGCAUCUACAACGAUAGCUUUGGAAGAAACGACGACAACAACAGGUACACCAUCAACAUCAACAGCUGGGCCAAGCACACAAACUUCAGGCCCUCCAACCACAACAUCUGUAUUUGAGACAACAACAGAAGCAAUUACUUCAACUAGGCCAACAAAGGUUGAGACCACACUGCCAACAACUUCCUCGACAACACAAAUUGCAGUAGAUACGACAACAACUAGGUCACCAUCAACUUCUACUGAAACACCUGUUCAAAGCACAGAAACCUCAACUUCAGUUGUGAUUACAUCUGGGUCCAGUGUCUACAAUGUGACGGAUGGAAUGGGAUGGUGCUACAUAGCUUACUGCAAUGGAACAUGUCAUGUGGUAAAGGAGUCAAAACCUUGCGGCUCCACUCCAUCUCCCACCACUAUAUCAUCCACCACUGUUGUAAGGACCACAGUAAGCCCAACAACAACUGUUUACACAAAAUAUUCUUCUACAAUAUCUUCUACAACAACCACUCCAGCACCCACUACCUUUGAGCCAGACUGCAACACACUUGUGCCACCAAGAAAGAACGGUGAAUCUUGGGAGGUGAGUAGUUGCACAAAUGCAACAUGUGAAAAUGGAAAGGUUGUAUACACAUCAGUUCAGUGCAAACCAGCAAUACAACCAGCAUGUGAAAAUGGCAGAAAUCCUGUGGAAGUAUUUGAGGAGGAUGGAUGCUGCUCCACAUAUGAAUGCGAAUGCUCUUGUACUGGAUGGGGAGGCUCUCACUAUGUGACAUUUGACGGGGAAAACUACAAAAUUCAGGAAAAUUGUUCUUAUGUUUUGGUCCAAGAGAUCACACCUUACUACUACAACUUCAAGGUCAUCAUAGACUAUCAUGACUGUGACAGUAGUGGCAGCAGCUCAUUUUGUCCACAAUCUUUGACAAUAUAUUACAAAUCGUAUGAGGUUGUCCUCACACAGAGGUUGACUGCAAAUGGAGUCGUCAAUGCGGUUAUAGUUGACCAAAAGCGCGUCUACCCCGCUUUCAAAAAUGCGGAUUUCAUCAUCACAAGCACAGGCUUGGAGACUCUGAUGGAAAUCCCAUUUAUUGAGGCUCAGGUGACCUACACAGGAUCCUCCUUCGGCAUAGACCUGCCCUUCUCUCUUUUCAAAAACAAUACGGAGGGACAGUGUGGUACCUGUGAUAACUCAAAAGAGAAUGAUUGCCGUACACCUGAUGGCCAAGUUACAGCUUGCCCUGUGACAGCUCACUCAUGGCUGCUCCCCGUAUCUGGCUGUGCCAGUCUCCAGGGAUAUGCCUCUGCUUGUGCCCAAGCCGGAGUGUGUGUGGACUGGAGAGGCGCCACCAAGGGCGAGUGUGCAUAUAAAUGCCCAGGGACAAAGGAGUACAAGGCUUGCGGCCCAUCUGUGGAGCCAACCUGCAACAUCAACUACAACAACAAGUACAUGGACCUCCUAACCAGUAACAGUACUGAAAUGAAGGAGGGUUGCUUCUGUCCAGAAGGGGCCACGCUGUUCAGCACCUACUCUGAUGUCUGUGUCACCUCUUGUGAAUGUACCGGCCCUGAUGGCAAUCCUAAAAAGGCAAACGACACUUGGCUGAAUGAAUGCAAACAAUGCACAUGUGAGCCUGACACACUGGCCGUCCAGUGUGAGCCAGUCUCCUGUCCACAGCCAUCCAAUGUCACUUGUAACCAGCCCGGGUAUGAACUUGUCAACAAGACUGAUGGCUGCUGCCAAAGCCAAACAUGUGUGCCCAAAGCUGUCUGUGUAAGCGAUAACAAAGAGUAUGAGGAUCAUACAUACCAGCCAGUUCCCGGACAGUGUUGUGGCAAAUGCGUACCAAACAGCUGCGUCAUUACACUCCCAGAUAACACUACACACAGCAUCGCAGUUAACGAGACAUGGUCACCUUCUUAUGACAAGUGUAUAACCUACACAUGUGAAUAUCAUGAUGGAGCAGUUGAGGCUGUGAAAUCCAGCAAGGUGUGCCCUUCAUUCAACCCAGACAACUGUGUCCCAGGAACAGAGACAACGGAUGCUGAUGGCUGCUGCAAGACCUGUACCCUGCGCAGUACCUGUAAUGUGCAGAAGAACAGCACCAAACUGAGCUACCUUGGCUGUACCACUGCAGAGAAUGUAGAGCUCACCUCCUGUGCAGGCUCCUGUGGAACAUCAUCCAUAUACUCGGCGGAGGCCAACGGGCUGGUGCAUUCUUGUUCUUGUUGUCAGGAGGCGACUACGCAGAAGAAAGUGGUGGAGCUGGUCUGCCCUGAUGGCAAAAGGGUUCCUUAUUCAUACAUCUACAUUGAGUCAUGUGCUUGCAAUGCCACAGACUGUGCCCCUUCCUCCUCAAAAAUGCGCAGAAGGAGAAGGUGAAAUCCUUGUGCAUUACAAAUGUGAUGUACAGCCAGUUUUAAAGGAAAUGUUUUAAAGCGUUACUACAUGGUAGUGUUAAGUGUU